AUGACCACUUCGUCCGAUGUCCGUGACCUUCCUCGCGACAGAGACGACUGCUCAUUGGAGUUGCCCAAGACCUUCAAGAUCGACCGCAUUCCACCUGGCAACGAGAAUCUCUGCGUACACCACAUUUCAACUCUCCAAGACCCCAGUGCGAUGUUGCGUCGGCGUGAAGCAAGGGCCCCCAUUGUCAACGCUUCUAAUCAACGCAGUCAAGCUCACAUCGUCUUCCGCUGCUGCUUUCCGCGUUUCCACGUCACGGUUUGUCGUACCUCCGCGAGCCUGGGCGAGGACUUCCAACAGGACAACAUGUAUCGGCGCGACGAGCCGUCGCCACCGCCGUACAUCGCCGUCAUGUGUGAGAAUGUGCGGCUGGGGCAUCAACCUGUGCGCCCCAGUGGCACCGAGCGGGCGUUGCUGAUGAUGGGCCCGGCUGAGGUGCACUGCUGGGUGCAAUUCCUCCGCACCCAGCUGCACCCAGCCGGGCGCCGCCGCUGCUGGCCAGUUGGCUAG